AUGAGUUCUCCUCUACGAAUGAAUAUGGACUCCGCAAACCGCGGUAUCGCCCCUCGUGCGAACCGCAAACGUUCCCGCACGGGCGGUGAUGCUUCCUCUUCCGUUGCUGCUUCUAGUCCUAUGCCCUCUUCUCCACCAGCCUUCAACAUUGCCCAUGGUGGUGACGACGAUGACGAUAUUGAGGAGGAGGCUGAGGUCCAAGAUGAUUUAGACGACCUUGACGAGAUGGCCGAAGACGAUGUAGACCUCUUCCGUGAAGGUUUUGAACGAGAUUACAGAGAGAAAGAUGACAACGAUGUCUAUGAAGGAAUCGAUAUUGAUGAUGAAGGCGAAUUUGACGAGAUAAACCUCGGCGAGAGGAGAAGAUUAGAAGCUCAGCUAAACCGCCGAGAUCGAGAAGUAGCUCGUAGACGGAAAAUGCCUCAAGCUUUUCUGCAGGACGAGGAUGAGGAUGGAGAUAUUGAUCUAACUGCCCAACCCCGUCGUCGCCGUCAUCAUUACGACGAAGACCCAGACGAUGAAAUGGAUCAAGAUAUCAUGGACGAAGAACUCUCCCUUGAGGCCCUGCAAGAUGUCAAAGCCGCCAGUUUGACCGAAUGGGUGUCUCAGCCGUCAGUGCAACGCACCAUCAAGCGAGAAUUCAAGGCCUUCUUAACAGAAUAUACCGACGAGAGCGGUUCCUCAGUCUAUGGCAAUCGUAUUCGAACCCUUGGCGAAAUCAACGCCGAGUCGCUCGAGGUGUCAUACGACCAUCUAUCCUCAUCCAAGGCUAUCCUUGCAUACUUUCUUGCCAACGCUCCUACCGAAAUGCUUAAGCUCUUCGACGACGUAGCCAUGGAAGUCGUUCUACUCCAUUACCCCGACUAUCAGCGCAUCCACUCUGAUAUUCACGUUCGCAUCUUUGACCUGCCCGUUCACUAUACUCUUCGCCAGUUGAGGCAGUCGCAUCUCAACUGCCUCGUGAGAGUGAGCGGUGUUGUUACUCGACGAACUGGUGUUUUCCCUCAGCUGAAAUAUGUCAAAGUCGACUGUACUAAAUGCGGCGUGACACUAGGCCCCUUCCAGCAGGAGUCUAACGUUGAAGUCAAAAUUUCAUUCUGUCAGAACUGCCAGUCUCGUGGCCCCUUCACCUUGAAUUCGGAAAAGACUGUUUACCGUAACUACCAGAAGUUGACACUCCAAGAAUCGCCUGGAACUGUACCUGCUGGCCGUCUACCCAGACAUAGAGAGGUUAUCCUGCUCUGGGAUCUGAUUGACAAGGCGAAGCCCGGGGAGGAGAUUGAGGUCACCGGCGUUUACAGGAACAACUAUGAUGCCCAAUUAAAUAAUCGUAAUGGGUUCCCUGUUUUUGCUACGAUUCUCGAGGCAAACAAUGUUGUCAAAGCGCACGAUCAGCUUGCUGGGUUCAGGCUUACCGAAGAGGACGAGCACGAAAUCCGCAAACUUUCUCGGGAUCCCCAGGUCAUCGAUAAGAUAAUCAACUCGAUAGCACCUAGCAUCUACGGGCACACCGAUAUCAAGACUGCUAUUGCCUUGUCUCUUUUCGGCGGCGUCGCAAAGAUAGCCAGGGGUGAGCAUCAUGUGCGAGGAGAUAUCAAUGUUCUAUUGCUUGGUGAUCCGGGUACAGCCAAGUCUCAGGUCCUGAAGUACGUAGAAAAAACCGCGCACCGAGCUGUUUUUGCCACUGGUCAGGGAGCUUCCGCUGUUGGUCUUACGGCUAGUGUCCGUCGAGACCCUUUAACCAGUGAAUGGACAUUAGAAGGUGGUGCUUUGGUGCUUGCUGACAAGGGCACGUGUCUCAUUGACGAGUUCGACAAGAUGAAUGAUCAAGAUCGAACAUCUAUCCACGAGGCUAUGGAACAGCAAACCAUCUCCAUUUCGAAGGCGGGUAUCGUUACCACCCUACAAGCUCGAUGUGGUAUCAUUGCAGCAGCUAACCCGAUCGGUGGCCGUUAUAACUCUACGAUCCCUUUCUCAUCCAAUGUUGAACUGACUGAACCUAUCUUGUCGCGUUUUGACAUUCUUUGCGUUGUACGAGAUACUGUGGACCCUGCUGAAGACGAGCGUCUGGCUCGAUUCAUUGUUGGCUCCCACAGCCGGAGCCAUCCGUCUACCCAAGCUGCUGAUGGUUCCAUGGAGGUUGAGCACGACUCCGAGGCGGCGCAAGAGAGCCAAGCGCAACCAAAGAAAGAAAGCGAAAUCCCCCAGGAGCUACUACGAAAAUAUAUUCUAUAUGCACGAGAGCACUGCCAACCGAAGCUUCUACAUAUGGACGAGGACAAGGUUGCGCGACUCUUUGCGGAUAUGCGACGAGAGUCGCUAGCUACCGGAGCAUAUCCAAUUACUGUCCGUCAUUUAGAAGCUAUCAUCCGAAUCUCGGAGUCUUUUUGCCGAAUGAGAUUAUCAGAGUAUUGUUCUGCCCAGGACAUUGACCGUGCCAUUGCUGUUACUGUUGACAGUUUCAUUGGUAGCCAAAAGGUCAGCUGCAAGAAGGCUCUCGCGCGCGCCUUUGCCAAAUACACGUUAGCGAGGCCAGGUACAAAUGGCGCACGGAGAGGCGCGCAGACCCAGCGUAGGACUACUGUAGCGGCUUAG